AUGGCGUCCGGCCAAUCCUCCGAGCUUCCCAACUUGGUGAACCUCAUCAAGACCCUGACACUGCCGCAAUUGAAAGAUCUACUACGAAAUGAGGGUCUCCCAGUAUCGGGCUUGAAGGCAGCAGUACAAGUGCGCAUCAUUGAUUAUCUGGAACGUCUUUGCCAUUCAGAAGGAAACAGCAUCCGAUAUGAUACCCUAAGACAUCGCAUUCUUCAGACCGGCCUGCCUGGAUCUACGGUCUUCCAGGCCAACCCCAAUCCCCAGUUUCAACAUCCGCCUAUCUCACAGCCAUCGGCCUCCCAACCGCAAAUUGCAUUGAGUGGCUCCAUGUCACCUCAUCCCCAUCCUUCUGGUUCGGUAAACAACGCCUACCGUGAUUUUCUCAGUCCGAUUGGCUUCAAAGAGAGUCCCUUUUUCACAGUUAUAAAAUCUCUCACACCGGUCGUGGAAUGCAAGGUUCGCGAACAAACCAGGGAUAGUGUAGAACUCAAGAUUUUUCUUUCUCAAUCCCACAUUGCCGACUUGGAAAAAGAUGCCAAUAUACGGGUGAUGGUCUACUGUACAGCCGACUCGGGGCUCAAACAGUAUACCAAGUCGGAUAUCGCAUUCCCCCACCAAGUGGAGCUGAAAGCGAAUCUGGACGAAGUCAAAGCCAAUUUGCGGGGUCUGAAGAAUAAACCCGGCACCACGCAGCCUGCAGAUGUGACGAGCUAUUUACGCAAGAAGGCCAAUUACCCGAAUAACAUUGUAAUGACUUAUGCAUUGACCCAAAAGAAAUUCUUUGUGCUUGCCAACAUGGUUAAGCAACACCCGGUAGAGGAGCUUGUUGCUAAAUUAAAAUCACGCAAGCUUAUCUCCAAGGAGCAGGUGCUACGAGAGAUGAAAAACCGCGCGGAUGACUCUGACAUUGUCGCCACCUCGAGCAUCAUGUCUCUUAAAUGUCCCCUAUCAACCCUACGCAUCCAGGUCCCUUGUCGCUCCGUGGUAUGCACUCACAAUCAAUGCUUCGAUGCAUCCUCUUUUCUGCAAUUACAGAAACAAGCACCGACCUGGACCUGUCCCGUAUGUGCCAAGUCAACCAGUUUUGAGUCUUUACAGGUAGACCAAUAUGUGGACGAAAUCCUUCAGUCCACCGACUCCGAGGUGGACCAAGUCGUUGUGGAGCCAAGCGGCGCAUGGUCUAAGCUCGAUAACUCAGAGACCGUGAAGCUGGGUGGAGUGACUCCAGGAACGGAUGAUUACGAUGACGAUGAUCUGAUUGAGAUUAGCGAGUCGGGGGACGGUGCAGUGAAGCAGGAGCCCAUGCUUUCUAGUACCCUACUGGAGCGGACACCUGCUCAGUCCCGAGAAACGUCCACUCCGUCCUCCAUGGCUCGUGUGUCCAGCAAGAAGCGCUCUGUCAGCCAAUUUAUCGAUCUGACCGGUAGUGAUGAUGACGACGAUGAAUCUCCUGCCCCCCCGCUGAAACGACCAGCAUUGAGCUUUGCAGUGCGAGGAAUUUCAUCGCAAGAUCCCCACCAACCCGUUGCCAGCAGUCCUCUCAGUGGCCGGUCUUAUCCUCCAUCGCACUAG